CUUCGAUUUAUUUGAAACUCGAAGGAAGCAAGAAGCUCGAUCGAUUGAUCAUCAAUCAAUGUAUCCAAAGGUGCCCGUUGAAGAACAAGUACUAAAAGACCGUGAUGCCGAUACAUUUCCUCCUUUCAAAUCUCUUGGUCUCCGUUACCUCAUUCGUUCAGAGGCAGAAAAUGCAGCCGUCAAUGAAUCCAAUGCAAAACCGAGACGAAUUUGUGUGUCAGCAAUGCCUGCUACUUCCAUGGCAAAAGAGUCAAAUCAUAUCAAGAAUCGUCAAACUAAGGACGUUGAUCGUGUAAUUCAACGCCCUCGUGCAGUAUUAUCUAGUCCUGACAAUGACUAUUUGAUCGGAAAGAUGAACAAGAUGGCUUUCAAACGGAUUUCAACUCCAAAAACGCCUGCUUCUGAAAGAGUUGAUACAGAUCAUAUCGAAGUAGAGAUUGCACGUAUAAGGGUCCGUGGCACAAGCCCGACAUUGGACACACGAACUCGUCCUAGAGUAAAAAACUAUGACAGAUCAUCGGUUUUAAGUGAUAAAAUAUGUACCAGAAAAUUGAAACCCUAAUUCAAGAGACCUGUUGCCUAAUGAACCUAGUCUGAUUGCUUGCAAAUCAUCAUCGAAUGUUAUGAAAUCAUUUGA